ACAAAAUGUGAUUGUACGAAGAGGCUGUAGCUAGAGCGUUUUGGAUCGGCCAAUGUUAGCAAAGAAAGAUCGAGAGCCUGAAGGUGCGGCCGAAGGAGACGAGAGGAGCAGGAGAUGCCGCUGGGCAAGUACUACUGCGACUACUGCGACAAGCAGUUCCAGGACACCGCCGCCGCCCGCAGGCGUCAUCUCCAGGGCGCCCAGCACCACCGCGCCCGUGCCCUCUGGUACGACUCCGUCCGCCGCCAAGAGUCCCACGGCGGCGCGCCUCCCCUCCUCCAGCCCGACGGCGCGAUCCUCGGCCAGGGCGUCUGCAACCACUUCGUCCGCACGGGAACAUGCAAGUUUGGGGAUGCAUGCAAGUACUUCCAUCCGAAGCCACAUGCUGUGAACCCGGCAUUAGCUCCAUCUGGGCCUUUUCCUGGAGCAAUGGUGCAACAGUCUAAUUUUCUUGGAACUCAACUAAAUUUUAUUGGAUACCAGACAGUGGAAGGAAAUUCCUUUUCAGGGAACAUACUAAGGGGCCACACUUCUUGGGGCAACUUACCUCCAUCGCUGCAACCUCCCCCUGAAGGUGGCUAUCCUCCGCUUCCUUUUGUUGACUGGGGUUGAAUUCUCACCUCUUUGAAAUGUGGAUCAUUUAGGAUGUUGUAUAUUUGACCGGCCAUUGUAAUGUUGUGAAAGAAAUUUCACCUAUGACAAGUGCUUGCUUAUAGAGUUUCAUUGGCAGUGAGAUAGUUCUUAUAUGCUGAACAUUUGUACUAGCCAUGGAAGAAAUGAACCAACAUUUGUUCAGACACAAAA